AGCGCUUUGUGAAGAAGUCAUCCGCAUUUUUUCUGGAUGAUGUGCGCAGGAAAAUAGGGCGUUUUGGAGACACCCUCAUUCAUUCGUUGAGAAAAAUCUGCUCAUAGAGACGCAGAGAGGAAGGAGCUGUGCAGCCACAGAGGAGCAGCUGAAGAGACGGAAAAGGCGUUUUAACUUGUUUUUGACACAGAAAGAAGCACCAGCGCGCGCACGCAUCGACCUGCGCGUACAAAACAUAAACUCUAAAUCCGCAUCGUUGGGACUGGUUCAGCAGAUAUCCAGCCUUUGGACCAGUUUGGUCGUGUACAGUGGAUUUGGAGUACAAACAGAGACAUUUGUUUUGCUUUUUGGCGACGCACGCCUCUAUCGGCGGUGUUUUGUAGCAGCAGCGGCGGCGGCAGCAGCAGCAGCGGGCUGUUUUCCUCCGAGUCAUGGCCAAAUUAAUCCGAGCUCUGAUCAUGGGUCCACCAGGGUCGGGGAAAGGAACCAUAUCCAAACGGAUUGCACAGAGUUUCGGCCUGGAGUAUCUUUCCAGUGGCCACUAUCUUCGACAGAGCAUAACUGCAAAUACAGAGGCAGGUGUGCUGGUAAAGUCCUACGUAGAACGAGGGAUGUUGGUGCCGGAUCACAUAAUAAACAGACUCAUGAUUCCCCGACUGGAACAGCUGAGUGGACACAGCUGGCUGCUGGACGGUAAGAACCAGAUGGCACAUUUUUGUAAACCUCACAUUUGCUCACACACAGCGUACUCACACAUCAGUGUUGUACAAGAUGUUUGA